CACGCACGCGAUUCCCUCUCGUCCUUCAAAUUAGUUCAAAGUGAUUGUGAAAUAAAGUUUUGGAAACUUUCAAAGUUUUAUAAAAAUGGAUACAUAGUUUUUUCAGUGAUGUGUUUAUGGUUUAGUGUAUCAAAUAAUAGGUUUUAACAUGAUUAUAAGUGAAUAAUCCAAUAGAAUGUAGUAUUACUUUAUAGGACACAAAGUUGAGUGAACUUUCAUACCUUGUUCGUUGGAAUCUAGCUAUCCCACAGGUGUUGUUGCAUUGCUGUGACAAAACAUUAUCCUAACAACCAUUUAAUUAUGACCUUAAAGUUACGAAGCUUGGAAAGUACCAGACAUCAUGUUUUUAAAGCAAACACGAAAAAAACUAUCGUUUCUGUAAAGUUCUGAAAUGCUGUUGUGGGAACAUUUAAACUUGUAAUGGAAGAAUGGAAGAAUUAGCACGGCUGAUCAAGAUGGUUUUGAAUAAACAGUUUGCAGUUUUUGUCAUAGUUCUGUUCUUUGGUCAAAAUUCAUCAACAGCAGACUCUGGAAGUCAAAUGCAGCCGCCGCGGUUUACAAUGCAGCCUUCAUCCUCCAAUAGCAUAGUCAGAGAAGGCACGACAAAAAUAUUGCAGUGUUCGGCAAUAGGAAUCCCGCAGCCAUUGUAUAGAUGGCUCAAAAACGGUGUUCCUUUAGGCGAAUAUUCAUCUGAAUUAUUUUUCAAAAUCCACAAUACACAGCGCCAAGAUGCAGGGGCCUAUCAGUGUAUUGCAAAGAAUGAUGUUGGCGCAAUCUUCAGUGAGAAAAACAAUAUCGUCGUCGCUUAUAUGGGAGUUUUUGAAAACGCUGUUGAAAAGGUAGUGAAGGUUGAAUCUGGUAGAUCAGCUAUUCUAGAUUUUCCACACAUAGAUUCGGAACCACCACCAUCGGUAAUUUGGCAAGAGGAAAAUACUGUAAACGGUGUUUUACGAUAUGACCAGAAAUACGCAAUAACUGAUAAACACCAAUUAGUAAUUCUAUGCGCUUCUCAAGACGACCAAAGAGCCUACAGAGCGAGAGCAAUAAAUACCCAGUUAGGGAAGGUGGAAAAUAGUCCAUACAUUAGGUUGGAUGUUGUCGGUGACGACAACACAGAAAUAGCACCAGAAAUAAUCAUAAAGCCACAAGACACAAAAAUAAUAAAAGGUCAAGAAUAUACAAAUAUUUACUGUAUCGCAAACGCAAGACCACUUCAUGAACUUGAAACGCUGUGGUUCAAAGACGGUGUAUUAAUCGACUUAGCAGGAAUUACAUACGACUUAAACGAUCAGUGGAAUCGAACAUUGAGUCUUAUAUCAGCUACUUCAAAUCAUACUGGACAGUAUACAUGUCAAGCGAGAUUAAAGUCUGGUGGUUUUGCUACUGUAACUGCUUCAGCGAAGGUCACUGUGUUCGAGAAACCAGUGAUGAUAUCUAACUUAAAAUCAGAAACGUUUGGCGAGUUUGGUAAUACGAUCGUUUUAGAAUGCAAUGUGCAAGGAAUGCCGAUGCCCAGUAUAACAUGGUAUAAAGAUGCACGAAAGAUUGCAAGCGUCGGGGCCGAUGCUGAGGACUCCGAUAACGCUGAUGUUGACGACGGCGGCGGAAGAUACAGAGUGGAAGUUGAUAGGUCACUCGUUAUCAGUAACUUGAAGAUGGAAGAUAUGGGUAUAUACCAAUGUAUUUCAAGCAACGAUGCUGGAGAGUCCUCUAUAUACACCUGGUUGAAAAUAAAAACGACCCCGCCCAUAAUGCAGAGCGCGCCCGCAAACCUCACCGUGCUCGACGGAAAGGACGCCACCAUCGUGUGCAGAGCUAUCGGCGCCCCCACACCCAACGUUACCUGGUACUUCAAUGAUUCUCUCAUAAUAAAUUUAUCCGGACGAUUACAAGCCUUGGAGGAGGGGGACUUGCUAAUUACCAGCACGACUACAGUGGAUAGUGGAAAAUACACUUGCAUCCGUGCGAAUGACGCUGGCAAUGUGUCCGGAGAGGCGUACCUUACAAUUCUCGUACGGACUCAAAUAAUCGCACCGCCCGUUGACACGCGUGUACUUUUGGGGCACACCGCAACAUUGCAGUGCAAAGUAUCCAGCGAUCCGAACGUCAAGUAUAACAUAGACUGGUUUCACAACAAACAGCCUAUGACAGCUGGCUCCCGCGUAUGGGUGUCGGGUGACGGGGCUCUGCAAGUGCAAGCAGUGCGCGCGAGUGACGCGGGCGAGUACACGUGCGUGGUGACGUCACCGGGUGGGAACCACACGCGACGCGCACUACUCUCCGUCAUAGAACUGCCAUUCUCCCCCACCAACGUGCGCGCCGAGCGGGUGGACGCGACCCCGCAGCGUGCCGUCAAUGUCUCUUGGACCCCUGGCUUUGAUGGCAACUCGCCCGUGCAGAAGUAUAUAGUGCAGCGGCGCAUCGUACCCGAGUUUGGUCCAACACCCGAUCCAUUAUUGAACUGGGUCACGGAAUCAAUGAACGUGUCGGCUACUCAACGUUGGGUGCUACUGACCAGCUUGAAAGCGGCAACAUCGUAUCAAUUCCGAGUAUCAGCAGUCAACACUGUGGGAGAGGGACCUCCAUCAGAUCCAACAGAGGUUUUAACGUUGCCACAAGAAGCACCGUCUGGCCCGCCUUUGGGUUUUAUGGGCUCGGCGCGCUCAUCUUCUGAAAUAAUCACCCAAUGGCAGCCGCCCUUAGAAGAACAUCGGAAUGGGCACAUACUCGGAUACGUCAUCCGAUAUCGUUUAAAAGGCUACGACAAUAGUCCGUGGACAUAUCAAAAUAUCACUAACGAGGCCCAAAGGAAUUAUCUCAUACAAGAUUUGAUUACCUGGAAGGAUUACAAUGUUCAAAUCGCAUCGUACAACGACAAAGGUGUUGGAGUGUUCUCGGAUAGUUAUACGAUUAAAACGAAAGAGGGCGUGCCGGAAGCACCACCUGACAGCGUCCGCUGUGAAGCCUCCAACUCCACUGCCAUACAAGUUUGGUGGACGCCUCCCAAUCCGCAGAAAAUCAACGGAAUUAAUCAGGGCUACAAGAUUCAAGCGUGGAAAUGGGACGAGGCAACUAACGAAAGUGUUGAACAGAGAAUCGUCAGCGUGCCGCCUAAUCUUUUGGACCCAUUAACCGAACAAACGGCUUUCAUAAGCGGUCUGGAAAAGUUUACGGAAUACAACAUUUCGGUUUUGUGCUUCACUGAGCCCGGCGAUGGGCCCCGCACUGACUUUGUACUUGUGAGAACCAAAGAAGAUAUUCCCGACGAGGUCGUAAAUUUGCAGUUCGACGACGUAUCAGAUAGGGCAGUGAGAGUGUCUUGGUCACCUCCGAAAAAAUCAAACGGUGUCCUGAUAGGAUACAAAUUAAAAUAUCAAAUAAAGGACAACCCAGAUACGUUCAAGGAAGAAGUCCUACCGCCCAGUAAUACCAGUAUUCGGGUGGAACAUUUGCAGGCUAGCACGCAGUAUCAGUUUUGGGUGAGCGCGCUGACAGGAGUGGGCGAGGGUAGUCCGCGAUCGGCAGCGAUACAGUCUGGCGUGGAGCCAGUCCUGCCCCACGCGCCUCGGAACCUCGCCCUCUCAAACAUCGAUGCGCAUUCCGUACUGUUGCAGUUCACGCCCGCCUUCGAUGGCAAUUCCUCCAUCUCGCUUUGGACUGUGCAGGCGCAGACAGCACGCAACUCCUCAUGGGUGACCAUCUACGAAGUGAGCGCCCCUGACGCUCAGUCCAUUCUCGUGACCGGCUUGAUUCCUUUCACAACGUACCGGUUGAGGUUGAUCGCAACUAACGUCGUCGGCUCAUCCCCACCAUCAGAUCCCUGCAAGGAGUUCCAGACCAUCCAAGCUCCGCCAAGACAUCCACCAAGAAACGUUACAGUUCGGGCUGUCAGUGCCAACAAUCUUCGAGUCAGAUGGAUUCCGCUACAGCAGAGCGAAUGGUAUGGUAACCCGAAAGGUUACAAUAUAACAUACAAGAGAAGUGGAACGAAUGAUACGCUUCACAGCAUCAUUGAAGACCACACAGCAAACUCGCAUGUGCUGUCGAACUUGGAGGAAUGGUCUGUGUAUGAAAUCACCAUGACCGCUAUCAACGAAGUUGGUACAUCCGCUGUAAGUCCGACGGCCACAGAAAGGACGCGCGAAGCAGUUCCGUCAAGUGGUCCGAUAAAUGUUUCUGCAAAUGCUACAUCGUCCACUACAGUUGUUGUUCUAUGGGGUGAUAUUCCUGUACAAGACCAGAAUGGCCUUAUCGAAGGUUACAAAGUAUGCUUUGCUGCCGUGGUUCCUCCACCUAGACCCGAACACAAAAAAGUCGAAUGUCAUCCGAUACCUUCGAAUCAAACCCAUACAGUCACAUUGACGGAGCUAAGGAAGUAUGUCGUCUACCAAAUACAAGUGUUGGGCUAUACGAGGCUGGGAGAUGGAGUGCUCAGUGAUCCUCCUGUUACCGUCAGGACAUUUGAAGACACUCCCGGCCCACCGUCAAACGUGUCAUUUCCGGACGUUACAUUUACGACGGCGCGGAUAAUAUGGGACGUGCCUGAAGAUCCAAACGGCGAGAUCCUGGCUUACAAAGUUACCUAUCACCUGAACAGUUCAACACAGCACAUGUUUUCUAAGGAAUUUCUGCCAUCUGACAGGACGUUUAGGGCGACGGAGCUGUUAUCAGAGCAAUACUACUUAUUCUCGGUGACGGCGCAAACACGCGUGGGAUGGGGUGCAACGCUACGGGCGCUCGUACUGACGACCGUGAACCGUGCAGCGCCUGCACCGCCGGCACGUCCGAACGUCGCUCGCUCUUUGCUGCAACCGCAUCAGAUAACCUUCUCAUGGACGCCUGGUGACGACGGCUAUGCGCCUCUAAGGUAUUACACCAUACAACAAAAGGAAGAUGGUGGGACAUGGCAAACUCUUCCCGAGCGAGUUGAUCCAUUUUCCACGUCAUAUACAGUGGAAGGUCUUAAGCCAUACACCGCAUACCAGUUCAGAAUACGAGCAACCAACGACAUUGGACCCAGUCGUUACAGCAAUGCCACAGAGACAGUUCGCACAUUACCUGCAGCGCCAAGUAAAGCUGUGGAGAACUUGCGAGUUGUACCUAUAACACCGAGUAGCGUGCGCGUGCAAUGGACUCCACUAGGAGACCAGCACUGGAGCGGAGACGCGCGAACUGGUGGCUAUUCCGUCUACUACCAGCCACUAACAGACUUCCCCGCUUCGCUACACAACACUAUGAAGUUAGAAGUUCCUGGAAUCAAGAGUGAAGAAGUGGUACUGAUGGAUCUCGCGCUGGACCGCAACUACGAGAUCAGCGUGUGUGCGGUGAACUCGCAGGGCGCGGGGCCGGCCGGUGCGCCCGCCGUUGUGUGGGUGGGAGAAGCCGUGCCCACCGCGCCGCCUCAGAGCGUGACGGCGCGUGCGCUCUCGCCCACCGAGGUGGCACUCACCUGGCACCCGCCUCACCUCGCACAGCAGAACGGCGAUCUGCUCGGGUACAAGAUAUUCUACCUGAUGACGGAGUCCCCAGAGGAGCCCGAGGUGGAGCGACGCGCGGAAGAGGAGAUUGAAGUAGUGCCGGCCACCGCAACUUCGCAUUCGCUUGUAUUCCUCGAUAAAUUCACACAGUAUCGAAUCCAGGUGUUGGCAUUCAACCCAGCGGGCGACGGUCCCCGAUCCAGUGCUCUCCUCGUCCGCACACACCAAGGCCUGCCGACCGCGCCCCGCAAUAUCACCUUCACCGACAUCACAAUGAACAGUCUGGUAGUGUCCUGGGAGCCGCCGCAUCGACGCAACGGCCUUAUACACUCGUACCUCGUCACGUAUGAGACUAUAGAGCAGGACGAACGGUUCAGCAAGCAAGUGAAGCAGAAAGUGUCGGAGCGGCGGUUGGCGGUUGGCGGUCUGGAGGAAGAGGUGGAAUACCGGUUCGUGGUGCGCGCACUGACCGUGGGUGCGGGCCUGGCGGGCGAGGCGCGUGCGCGCACCGGCCCGCAGCCCGGCUCGCCCGCACCGCCCAACGCCCUGCGCCUGCGCGCGGACCCCGCCGCGUUGCACCUGCGCUGGACCAACGCCGCCUCGGGCAAGGGACCACUGCUCGGGUACUACUUCGAAGCGAGGAAGAAAGAUGACACAAGGUGGGAAACUGUAACCAGAACAAGCAAUGGAAUACUUGAAGAGUUUACGAUAUCGUAUCAAAGUCUACUGCCGUCGACAGCUUAUUCUUUUCGAGUUAUCGCUUACAAUAUGUACGGUAUCAGCAACCCGGCGUACAGCGAGAAAACCAUAGUGACGCCGUCAAAACUUUAUUUGGAAUACGGUUACCUGCAAUACAGACCAUUCUACCGGCGAACGUGGUUCAUGGUGGCGCUUGCGGCGGCCUCCAUCAUCAUCAUAAUUAUGGUGAUAGCUAUACUAUGUGUGAAAAGUAAAAGCUACAAGUACAAGAAAGAAGCGCAAAAGACCCUGGAAGAGUCGUUAGCAGGCGAAACUGAUGAGCGUGGCUCGCUGGCGCUCGACUUGUAUCGCUCGCGCCAGAACUCUGUGGCGAGCACAGGCGCGUUAGGAGCGAGCACGUUGCGCCGCAAGACCGCGCCCGCACUGGCUAAGUCGCCGCCUCGCCCCUCCCCCGCCUCCGUCGCUUACCACAGUGACGAAGAAAGCCUGCGCGGCUACGACGAGAACCCGGACGACUCCUCGCUCACGGAGAAGCCGUCCGAGAUGAGCUCCUCCGACUCGCAGAACUCGGAGAGCGAGAACGAGAGUGUGAGAUCGGAACCGCACUCCUUUGUCAACCACUACGCGAACGUAAACGACACAUUGCGUCAGUCGUGGAAGAGGCAGCGGCCAGUGCGCAACUACUCGAGUUACACAGACUCGGAGCCCGAGGGCAGCGCCGUGGUGAGUCUCAACGGCGGGCAAAUAGUUAUGAACAACAUGGCGCGCUCGCGGGCGCCUCUGCCCGGCUUCUCUUCCUUCGUAUGACACGAGCCGCCCGACGCGGCGCCCGCACUCGCCGUGCACAUGUAACACGCACUGCCAACUCAUUCCCAAUGCAUUCGUUUAUAGCACAUUUCAUAUGUACAUAUCAAAUAAAUUGUUGAAUUUAAUUUUUAAGUCUUAUGUGAUAAGUAUUUUAAUAAGACUUAAUUACUUUAUAGGUGACUGGAAGAUGGGUUCGAAUUAGUUUUCUAUGUUCAGUCGUAUGUUUUGUCCUUGCUAUAAUUUAUUUUCCAUUUAUUCUUACCUUUUGUUUUUUAGAGUCUAGUUAUUGUUUUUAGUAUCCCAUCAUCUUUCAAAACUUAAUGAUAACUCUUAAGUUACGAGUUAUUUUAGUCACAAAAAGAAAAUGUUUUCUUCUUGUAUUUCUAAUCACAAGGUCGCCUGGCAGAAAUCGAUACAUGCGAUAUGAGCAACUUCCAUACACACUUACUUUACAAACGAGGAUAAGUAGGUUUUAAAAUACAAAAUUAAUAAUAAUAAAGUUAUGUCCUCAAUAAAAACAUGAUGUGUAAUAAACACCAUAGUGUAUUAACAAAUAAUUAUUUAAAUAUAAUAAAUAAGUAUAUAAAUAAUUCACCAACAAUAACCGAUACUAAAAUCAUAGCUCUACAAAACUAUGGUGUGAUUGGCAAGGAGUUUAGGACAUGGUACCUAAACUAAGUAUCAACUUGUACUUGUAUAAGUAUGAUAGACCGUAUAAUAUUAAUUAUAAUAGUAUAUUAUUGUCAUUGUGAGAAUAUAACAAAGUAGUGUCCUACUAGCCAGUACGAUUAACAUGGACGUUUUAUUUUAAAUAAAUCGCUAAGUUGAACCCUUCUUCCAAUUAAAUUAAGUUAGUUGAAGAUGUAGUUUCGUUACAGAAACGCCGUCACGUAAAUUUAUUUGGAUUUUAGCGAUGUGUUUUCGCUUGAAUAUUGAAUAAGAAAACAUUUGCGGAUUUCUCUAAUUAUUGUUCAUAGUAUGAAAAAAUAGUUUUAUAAUAUUUAGGUCAAUUUUUAUUAGGAAUCUUGAAAUGUAGAUAUUUAAACUUUAAAGUAAAUGUAUAUACCCUUUGGAUCUCUUUAGAUCAAUGUAAUUUACGCAUUUUUUUUAAUUCUUCCUACAUGGCGUUUUCGAUAUUAUGUAAAGAAUAAUAAUAAGUAUCUCAUAAGUGUGCUGCUAUUGUUUAUGGUAAACAAUUUGAAAUCAAAUGACAUUUUAAGAAAAUAAUUUACCUUUA